ACUAGCAAUAAACUCUAACUCAUUACCAUGUAAUACAUAAAUAAAUACAAGAUUCCGAAUGACAUACAAACUGGAGCUACAUAAAUAAUUACAUACAGAUUCAAGUUGAACAUCUGAGUGGCCGAGACCUCGUGCAGUCGCCUUACACCCGCCCGCCACAGCGAGCGUGAAGAUUGCCAACCUCUUGGAAAAAUAGUGAUCAAUCCAUACAAGUUUUUGAAAAAAAAAUACCUCACCGUAAUAUUAUGUUUUUCCGAGUCCGAGUUUGUAAAUGCACCUAAAAUAUAGGAGAAAAUUUUAGUAUGGGGUAGCAUUUAAAAAAAUAAUUGUAAUUUUUUAUUGAUUUAAGACUAGAAACAUUAAUUUUGUGCAUUAGUGGUUACGUGCAGGAGUCGAUAUAGUACCACGUUGUGCCGCAGUGCAUAGUGCAGUCAAAUAUGAAGUGGAUUAUUUGUUUUUUGAGUGUGGUGUUGACCUGCGGCGGCCAGAGACCACCCUUCAUACCCUUCGGGUCAGAUAGCUUUAGAACUAUAGUGAGGGGACUAAGCACCGCUCCUGGCCGCUCUGCAGUAGUUGACGACAUAAUCAUUCGGUAUUUCAGUACAAAUGUGACGUCUCCGAGUUCUUACCGCAUCGCCAACAUCAGGGCGGUGCUGUCCGACCCGGCGUUUGACGCCAACAAACCAACCGUACUCUACGUACAUGGCUACGUGGAACUCCUAACAGAUGACAGUAUAACGACGGUGGUGUCUGCCUACCUGAAGCGCGGCGGGUACAACGUCCUGGUGGUGGACUGGUCCAACCUGGCCUUCGGGAACUACGUCGUCGUCGCCAAGACCGUGCCACGUGUGGGAGAAUUCGUCGGCAAGUCGGUGUACAAGCUGGUGAAGCGAGGGCUGCCGGUCCAGAACCUGCACCUGGUCGGCCACUCGCUGGGCAGCCAUAUCUGUGGGUACAUCGGGAGGUACCUCAAGGCGAGGGGGUUUAAUGUACCCAGACUAACAGCCCUAGACCCAGCCUACCCAGGUUUCUACCCACCCAUAGCAGCGGCACCCAUGACUCCAGCAGACGCAGACUUCGUGGACGUGAUCCACACGGACGGUGGGGGGUAUGGGGCUCCCGACUCCACGGGCCAGGCCGACUUCUGGCCCAAUGGGGGGCAGGCCAAGCAGCCUGGCUGUCUGUCUGCUACCUUACCGCUUAGUAACGAAGACUUUUGCAGUCACUGGCGUUCCUGGGAGUUCUGGUCGGAGUCCCUGCUGAGGGACGACUUCCUGGCGCGUCCGUGUGAGGACUACGACACCUUCCUCCGAGGACAGUGCUCCGGGCAGCCGCUUGUGUUCAUGGGGAUACGAUCCACGCCAGAUUUACGCGGAAACUUCUACUUGAUUACCGGAGCGAAGUCACCAUUUGGGCUCAACUCGAGAGGAGCGAGCUGAUGGUGAUACACCAGAACCAUGUAUCAUUUAAACAUUAAUCACCAGGGUUGGCGAUGAGUGAUAAGCAGUUGGAUAUAACUAGUAACAUUAUUAGAGAUUAUACGCAUACAUAGAGUGAUUGCCAGCUCCUUAAACCUAAAUGAAUGGAUAUUGAUGGUAUGAUAUGAUUUGUGGAAGCCCGCAUCCACAGCAACGUAGCAUAGCACAUCUCUGGAGGAAUCGCAACCUGUACAAUUAGUUUUGUAUGAGACCCAAUAUUUAGACAAAAGACUUUUCUCCAGUUAUGAUAAAGAAAAAGAUAAAGAUUCUGUGCAUAAUUUAAAAACCAACGUUUUUAAGAUAGUAAGAUUAUCUCCUGUGUCGUGGGUGCGUUUACAAGCAUACACCAGACAAAUUGAGAUGCAGAUAACACCCAGACCAGAUACGCACACAAAGAGUUGCUCCGUGCGGGAAUCGAGCCCGCUAAACAUUGCGUGGCAGUCGGUUGCCCAGCUACAUCGCCAACCGUGCAGCAUUUUGUAAGCUCUCUUAUACUUGCGUAGACUUCGAAUUCAUUAUUAAAGUUAUGCUUGUGUCUUGCGAUUUGGGUUUACACAAAUACUAAUUAGGAGUACGAGAUAGUUUGUUCCUGUUGUUGCAGUUUAUUCUGUCUAGUCUAGCAGUAAGUUGUAGUAUGUAUGUAAGUAGUAGUAGGGACUUAGGUAAUAAAUUAAACUUGAGUUAUCGAUACA